CGAAUCUUCUUUGACUCGAUCCCGUUCGGAUUCAACCGAUUCCAACUGGAUAAACCGUAUUGCUAAAUGCGUGCACUUAUGCCGGAGUAGCAAAGGACGUUGCCGCAAACGUUACGAUGUCAUAGUGUCGAGUCAGGGGAACGUGUGGUAUCGAUAGGUUCAUGCGUAUCUUUGAAAUGCCGUGAAUUUCGUGAUUUGUACAGCUAACCCUGUCCCCUUGUUGAUGGCAUAGUGACCGAUGGAUAAUUAUGCACUCCCGUACAAAUCAGUACAGCGUUAUAUAGUUCCGCUUAAACUUACGCUUGACAUCGGAUAAAAUUUGAAACAAACCCACUUUUUACCAAGUGUACAACAGAGAAUGUGUGUUCAAUGGAGUAUCUAAAAACCGAGGCCGAACAAAGCAUUGACGGGUGUUCCUCUUGAUUCCGUUAUUGCCUAUGGCGACAUACGCUGCUUACCCUCAACCUGGUGGCUCGGAAGACUACGAGGACGACGGCAAUUUUGUUUCAGGAAGCUAUGGUAGCGGGCCUUCGAAGCCUUCAGAUGCACAUCAUGAGCGAGGUGAACCAUCUUUCGGCGGUAUAGGAAACACCGGUGGUGCUAGUCCACGUGACGGAAGCGAUUCCAGAGGUGCUGGACCUGGCGCCCUCCAUGGACAUGGGGAUUAUGAACAACAUCAUGGCGACGAAGUGGGUGGAGGCGAGAACUAUGAUGUGGCCGAAGAGUGGAGACCAUACGCUUUUUCGUACAGCGCACACGACGCUGAAGGCAGCCAUUUACAUCAACAACAAGCCGAUUCGAAGAAUCGCGUAACCGGGCAGUACUCGAUAAUGAUGGCUGACGGACGUAUGCGUGUUGUGAAGUAUAUUGCAGAUGAAAAUGGUUUCCGUGCUGAGAUUGUUACCAACGAGCAGGGUACCGAAUCUAAAAAUCCCGCUGAUGUCACAAUUCAAUCUACCGCGCCCACAGGGGAGGAGGCGUCCAAACAGUUUGGCUCUGCUGGACCGAACAACCGUUUUGACCAGCGCCCACAAUCCCCUCAGCAAGGCGGUCACCAUCAAACAGGUGAAAACUCAGGACUUGUUGACACCUCUGAACCGGGUCAUCACAGGGGUCAUUAUGGAGACACCCAGGACUUUAAUAGCCACUCCGGCAAACAGGCGGGAGGUCAUGGCGGAUAUAACCAAGGCAAACAUGACAGUUAUUCGGACAUGCAAAGUUAUUUGAAAGACAACAGUCAAAGAUAUGUGGACCACGACGGGCAGGCAGGUUACUCAAAAGGCCAAAGUGAAUUCCAGUCGUCAGGGUACUCCAGCCAGUCCUCUAGUGAAUACUCGUCCCAGCAGGACUAUAGCCAGCCUUCACCAGCGGAUUACGGAGGUGCACCACUUAGUGGCACAGCCGGUGAUGGCUCUGGAAGCUUUGGGAACGAUAUCUCCGAUUUUGAAGGUUAUAGCCACCACACAGAUACUGGUUACUAUUCAGGAACUGGCUCGAGGCCCAGUGAAGGUUCAAAGGGAUCUCGCCAGAAAAACAAGGCCUCAUACGGUUAAAUAACGCCGUUUCUGACAUUAUAUCUCAGUAUAUUAUCCAUUAAGAGAAAUCUUGUCUCAUCCACUGCUAUUGGAACAAUGUCUUAGCCCCACUCUAGCCAUUGGUCAACGUUCACUUUCCCUACUGUUAAAAAUAUUGUUGAGGCCAGGAUUGCCUGAUACUAUCAAAUGUUGUCACUGAUGGCGACCGUCUCAAUCGUUGUGAGCAACUCGAACCUCGGAUCGCGCAGAACAUAAACAGCGCUCGUCUGCCGUAUCCAUGAUGUGUUAUAGUGUUCUGACCACUCCUUUGAUCAUUUCAUCGCUGGAUGAAAUGCUGUUAAUCAUCUAAUCUACGUAUUUAUUCGUGUACACAGUUUUCCCUAUAUCAAUGUAAACAAUGUGUAAAUGCAUUUGAUACCGAAUAAAGUA